CGGGCGAUGAAAUUCAAUGUUAUAUGUGUUAUAUGUUAUAUGCGUUCGAUGUAGGUAUGUAAUAAAUUGGGUAAUAAUUAGAAUUAAUUUCCUUACAACGUUAUUUUGUGAUAAUAGAUUUUGUUUACUCCUCGUUUUAGAUAACCUAGCAUAAAACCGCAGUUUAUCCAAAGAAAAAUAAAUAUUCAGCACCACGACAGACAUGAAAGGUUAUCGCGAUUAAAUUACAGAAUUAUCAAAUAGCCAGUAUAGUUCAACUCCGUAUCCAAUUGCGAGAUGCUUUUACUUUACUAUUAAAUAUUAAAUUAAUUUGAAAUUAAUCACAAUAUCAUCAUUUCAUUAUCAGGUUCAUUAUUUAAAUUUUUAAUAGAAAAAUAUGAUAACCUUCGUAUUACACAAAACAUAAUUUCAUAUAAUAUUGAAAAAUAUGGAUAUUAAGAUUUUGGACGGUGGAUUUAGUUCACAAUUAUCCACUCAUAUUGGUGCAAAAAUUGAUGGCGAUCCUCUGUGGACAGCAAGAUUUUUAGCGACAAAUCCCGAUGCAGUUUAUACUACACAUUUAGAUUUUCUACGAGCAGGUGCAGAUAUUAUUGAAACAAGUACAUAUCAAGCUUCAGUUCCUGAUUUAAUGAAAUAUUUAUCUGUAACUGAAGAGGAAGGUAUAAAAUUAUUACACAAAGCUGUAAAUCUUGCUAAAAAUGCAGUGAAUGAUUAUAUUAAAGAAAUUAUAGAGAACAAUGAUAUUGAAAAUAAGAAUCCUAUCAUUGCUGGCUCUUGUGGACCUUAUGGAGCUAGCCUACACGAUGGUUCUGAAUAUAAUGGAACUUAUGGUAAAACAACACCUCGUGAUACCAUCAUUGAAUGGCACAAAUCACGUAUAAAUGCUCUUGUAGAUGCUGAUAUAAAUUUAUUAGCACUAGAAACUAUACCUUGCUGUCAGGAAGCAGAAGCAUUAAUUGAACUUUUAAGAGAAUAUCCAAACAUUAAGGCAUGGCUUUCAUUUUCUUGCAAAAAAGACAGUCAAAACAUAGUAGAUGGGAGUAAUUUCCAAGAAACUGCUUUACGUUGCUAUAAAACGGCAUUACCAGGACAAAUAGUUGCCAUUGGUGUAAAUUGCAUUGCUCCAGAAAACGUAACUCCUUUACUAAAAAAUAUCAAUACAGGGCCAGCGAAUGAGUUUAUACCAUUAAUCGCAUAUCCUAAUAGCGGUGAAAUCUAUUUACAAAGUGAAGGCUGGAUAAAAAAUGGAAACUCUGCUUCAUUUGAAAAUUUUAUUCCUGAAUGGCUAGAACUUGGAAUACGUUAUCUUGGAGGAUGUUGCAGAAUGUAUGCAGAAGAUAUAAAAUCAAUUAGAAAAGAAGUAAGGAAUUUCAAGAGAAAAGGGGAGUCAUAAUGGAUUAACUGUUUUAUUUAAUCAAUUAUUUUAAAUAUGUCAUUAUGUUAAAUGAAUUAUUUUUUUCCUGUUUAUUUUAAGUAAAGUUCUGUGACCUAUAUAUUAAAUAUUUAGAAAAUAUAUGCAGGUUUUUAUAUAAUCUUA